AACCUAUGGACAUGCAAUCUCAGCUAGCUGACCUGAAAAUGUCAAGGGACUUUUGUAGGAGUUGACCUCCAUUGCCACUUGCAGGUUGGGGUGCACCAUUGGGUAUUAAUAUAGCAGAAGUACAACACAGGCGAACUUGCUGCAUUCAACUCCAGUAUUCCAAUUCAACCAAAAUGGCAGAGGCUUCAAUACUGUAUAGAAUCACAGUGUUCUUGGCUGCUCUUGUGCCAGCCGUUUUCCUGAUAGGAUUUGUGGGGUUUGUGUUGUAUCUGUUCUACCAACACAAACGGUUUGCACACUUCCCAGGUCCACCACGAAGCGACUUCUUUACCGGCCAUGUCAGGCAGAUGAUUGACCGUAUCAACACCGGCUCCUCGCUGGCAGAAUAUCUAACGGACCAAAUGAGAGUAUACGGUCAAGUCUACCAUCUUUUUAUGUUCCAUAAACCUGUGGUAGUGGUUCUGGAGCCCAACUUCUUAAAGGAAGUAAUGCACUCUACGACACACACCAAACCCCCAGAGGAGGCCAGUACGUUCUGGUAUGUCUUCGGCCAGAGAUUCCUUUACCACGGUCUGUUGACGGAAACAGACAUUCCAAAAUAUCUCAAGAGGAGGGCGCUCUUCAGUCCUGCUUUCCAUCGAAGUUAUCUGAUGAACCUGAUGGGUUCCUUCAACGAGAGUACGGACAUUCUGAUUAACAAGCUGGCUGAGAAGGCUGAUGGCAAGACGACGGUGUACAUGCUAGAUGAGCUCAACCAAGUCACAUUGGAUGUCAUCGCAAAGGUUGCUUUUGGGUUACAUCUCAACAAAACUGCCGACAGCGGGUUUUCGUUCACGACAGCCGUUAAGACGUCCCUAGAAGGCGUCAUGGCGACUUUUCUUCAGCCCUGGAUAAAGUACAGCUUCCUGCCCUCCCAUCGCCAGUUUAGGCAAAAAGUACGGGAUUCCAUCCAUCAUCUUCGCGAGACAGGACGCAAGUGUGUCCAGGGAAGAUUGGAAGCCAAGAAGAGAGGCGAGAAACUCCCCAACGACAUCUUGACUUACAUCUUGGAUGCAUCCAACGACCUGCAGGCGGAUGCUGACUUCAGGAUGGAGGAAAUGCUGGAUGAGUUUGUCACUUUCUUCCUGGCCGGGCAAGAAGAGACAACAAAUUUGAUGGCUUUUAUGUUACAUGAGCUAGGACACCACCCUGAAAUCAUGCACAGAGUGGUGACUGAAGUAAACGCAGUUCUUGGGGAUCGAGACUACGUCGAGUAUGCGGAUCUGGCAAAGUUUGAAUACUUGUCGCAGGUGAUCAAGGAGACGCUUCGCUUGUGGCCGCCAGCUUUUGGAACCAACCGCUUGAUGGCGUCUGAUGUCACCGUGCAAGGAUUGAAAAUCCCAGCGGGAACAGUUGUUUGGCUGAACACCUACGUAAUGGGACGGAUGGAGUCACACUUCAAGAACCCGCUCGUGUUCGAUCCUGACCGGUUCCACAAAUCCGGAAGUGAGGACAGACCGCUGUACGCUUACUUUCCGUUUUCCAUGGGUACUCGCUCGUGUCUGGGACAGCCAUUUGCACUGAUUGAAGCUCGCUUGAUCGUGGCCCGACUGCUUCACAAGUUCGAGUUCAAGCUGUGUCCAGGCCAGCCCCGUGGGGACAUCGUUCAGCACGCGUCGCUCCAGCUCCGAGACCGAUGCAUGAAUUACUUACACCUGUCCAACAUUAGAAUUUUUCCGGCAUGCUAUUAUGUUUGCUGGACCUGAUGAUCUAGCCUUUUGUCCUCGGAAUACUGAGUCACUGAGUGACCGACAUGAUGGACCGGCCGACUUAGGGAUUAGAUCCUGAAUGGGACCGUUCGAGAACCGGGCGAGUGGGCUCGCCUAGUAAGCUGCCGCCACUCCGAACACUGUGCACCCCGGUUACUCAAGCGUAACGCUCAGUUGACUGCUGGAGUGGCACUCUGGGUCACAACAAUAGCAGCUAUCAACGGAUUAGUGGUUAUUGUUCGAGGAUUACACUGCCCAACUCAGUCGAGGUUGGUUUGGAAGACACCUGGCUAUCAUUAUAUUUUUGCUGAAUUUUAUUCUAUUUGAGCUUCAUAGAAUGCAAGUAUUUCGUUUUUGCAUGAAAUCAUUUGACAAAUGAACUUGAUACAAUUGCCUAGUUUGCAAAGUUCCAUAUAUAAAUAAUGGUUGUAAGCUACAUGAGCAAGGGUUUUUUUUUCUUUGACGUUUUCGUAAUACGAACGUUGAAAUCUAUAUUCUCGGAUUUGAUCAAAUGUAUGAAAUGCCUCAUAUUGAAGUAGUAUAUUUCCCUUUAUGACGAACAUGAAUUGUUUUGCCUGUGGUAAUAAUUUGAUGUUUUUGACGACACUGCACUUGCCCCUUAUUCACGUUUAUUCAUACGCAUUUGAAACAGGAAAGUCUGAUACCCGUUUGUGAAUAGAAGCUGGGCCCCCGAUC